AUGAGCUUGGACUACAAUGAGAAUCAAACAACUCCCAUGGAAUUCGUACUGCUGGGGUUUAUAAAUAUCAAACAAGAAAAGAAUCUCCUCUUCAUCCUCUUUCUCACCAUGUAUUUCAUCUGCUUUUUAGGGAAUGCUCUCAUAAUUAUUGUGGCUGUGUUCAGUCCAUCUCUCCAUACUCCUAUGUAUUUCUUCCUUGGCAACCUCUCUUUCAUAGAUAUCUGUUAUAUCUCUGUGACUGUACCCAAAAUGCUAGCUGAUGUUUGGGCCAAAUCACCAAGCAUUUCCUUCAUGGAAUGUGCAGUACAGAUGUAUGUCCUUCUUACCUUGGCAGGCACGGAGGGAUUCCUCCUGGCUUCUAUGGCACUGGACCGCUACUUUGCUAUAUGUCGUCCACUGGUCUACACCAGACUCAUGAAUAUAUGGAUUUGCCUUCAGCUGUCUGCAAUGUCCUGGACAUGUGGCUUCCUUAAUGCUUCCCUACACACAGUACUCACAUUCCGUCUCUCUUUCUGCCGAUCAAAUAGAAUUAGUCACUUCUUCUGUGACAUCCCUCCAUUACUGAGCAUCUCAUGUUCAGAUACGUCAACCAACGAAACAGCCCUUUUUUCAGCAGGUGUGUUUGUAGGGUUUAGCCCUUUUCUUUUCACUCUUGUUUCCUACAUUUUCAUUCUUCGUGCUAUUGUGAGUAGCCAACAGAAAGGGCAAUACCACAAAGCCAUUUCCACCUGUGCAUCUCACCUGACAGUUGUGAUUAUGUUCUUUGGCUCUGGCAUCUUCACCUACGUCCGUCCAACCUCCAGCUACUCACUAGAAAAGGACCAACUUGCUGGGGUUGUAUACAACAUCUUAACACCAACACUAAACCCUCUCAUCUACAGCCUUCGUAACAAGGAAGUCAAACAGGCAAUGAGAAAGUUGCUGAUGAGAGAACAUUCUCUUUUGGAACGUAGGGUCUUCCACAAUAACUGA